GGUGCGCCAUAGCAUCACAUCGCAUCGCCAGCAGAGCCUGACCACUCCAUCAUCCCCGACAGAGCCAACCAGCACCAAGCGAACCCGCCAGCAGCAGAUCUCUGCUGGAAGAUUCCAGAUCGAUUAGCUCCGCCAUCCCGCUUUCCCGCCAUUUAGUCCCUGAAUCGUAUGCCGAUUCCCAUCUUCUCGCUCCAGCCUCUCGCACCAGCAAGCAGCCAAUCAUCCAUUCCGAUUCUGCAUCUCGCUUCUCGGACAGAGCCACGGACCAUGAAGACGCAAGGAUUUCCUCUGCGCUGGACCAAGUGGACCACCACCAAUGCCAGGGUCUUCUUGUCCCGAUCGCAAGAUUCACAUGUCUCUCCCUUCCAUGCGAUCUCCCUCAAAACCGCCUGCAAACCGCCCUCGCACUUUCGCUCUCCCUCCCUCUGAUCUAUCGAUUUUACGAUGACCGCCCGUUCCUCUGACUCCUUCUCUGACUCUGCCUAUGCCACUGGCCAUGCCCCCGGCUACGGCUCUGACUCCGAACCCGACUUUUCCCCUGAUCCUGAUCUCGAGCCUUACUCCGAUCGGGACGACGACAGCAUGUCGAUCGAUUUCGAUCUCGAUUCGAUCGAUUUCUUUGCCGAAGACACUGCGAAUCGCAGCCCCACAGGUGUCGUUAAUGGCUUUGUGUGCCUUGCUGACAGCUACAUGGUCCAUGCCCACUCUGGACACCGCCUUGUCCCCACUCGCUUUGCUGCCCGUCACUCUGGUCUCGCGAAGGACGACUUUGUCGCCCAGAUCAACGCCGGCCCGCUCAAGAACGGCCAAUGCAUCCUCCAAGACCUGGGUGAUGCCACCACCGUCGAGGACAUCCUCAACGCCCGCAACAUCGUCUUUGAUCCAGCCAUGGGCCUCUACCUGAACAAGCGCAACAAGAGCCCUUCCAGGCGCUUCGUCUGCUAUGAGGCGAUCCCUCCUGGUGCCCGCACCAAGCUGUACUUUGAUGUGGACUGCCACCUCCGUGCACACCGCGAUCCCGUCGAUGUCCUCCAGUACUGCGACCGAGCCAUCAAGGCCGCCUUCCCGCAGGUCCUCUCCAUCAAGUAUGCCAUGUACUUUGGCCCCAAGAAGGGCAAGGAUCGCUUCCUCUCGAUCCACAUCUUCUGUCAGGACACCAGCGUCGUCAAGAGCGACCUCGUCCGCAUCUAUGCCCACCUUAAUGCCAGUGCCCAUGACUUUGCCCAGUUCACCGACAAGGCCGAUGCCACUAUGGUCGACCCCAGUGCCAACACGCACUUCCGUGUGAUCUUGUCGGCCAAGACCCUCCAGCGCAAUGGAACCUCUGAAGACGACAUCCGCCCCUUGGUCCCCGUCGAUCCCGCAACCGGUCGUCCCUUGGAGGCCUUUGAGUUUACCGAUUUUCUCUGCCAGUACCUCACGGGCAACGAGACCCCACUCACUCCCCCGCGCUCCCACACCCGCAUCCGAGCCUCCUCCUCCUCCUCUUCCCCUGCCACCGCAAUCGCCAGCAACGACAACGCCUCCGAGAUCGAGUGGAUGCCCGCCGAAGGCAACGCACUCGAGAUCCCCGACGACAUCCGCGGCAUCCUGGAGCCAUUCAUCCGCUCCCGAUUUUUGAUGAAGAACACCGCCCAUGCAAUCUCCUUCGACCAAGCCCGAGUCUACCUCUCCGCAACCGCCCCAUUCUGCGCCAUCCCCAUCACGCAGCCCUGGUGCCUUCUCAAGGGAGGUGCCCAUGGACGCGACGGGACCGCAAAUGAUCGCGGCAAAAGCCAGUACAUCCGCCUCGGGAAGGACGAGAUCUCGCGCUGCUGCUGGAAGGCACAGGGUGCCUGCGCCGGAUCCUACUCUCCCAUCAAGUACACCCAAGACCUUGCCAAUGUCAAGGCCUUCAUGAAGAGCACCCUGAACGCCAAAGCCAUCAAGGCCGCCAAGAGAGCUGCUGCUUUCAAACACCCAAAUAAUAUCGUGUCGCAUGUACAGUCUUCCACUCCGGUGUACAUGGACAUUGACGUUGAGAUUGACUCCAACACCAUGCUCAAGAUGACAGAGACCCUCAAGCCCAUCUUCCAAGGCCACGUCGGCGCCCAUUUCAAGACGAUCCGUGACAUCCACUACCAAGAGAAGACGCUCUCCUUCACGGCCGAUUUUGUAGUUUGCCCCAAGCAAGAGUGCCGUGAGCCUUUCCACUCCAUGCAAGUCGGUGGCGUCCAGUGCGUUGAUCGCAAGAUCAUUGUCACCUUCGAUGCCGCAGCUGACAAUGCCUGCCACUUUCCCGUCAAACUCGAACUCAACGCCAGCCAGCGUGGCUCCAUCGACGAAUGGCUCAAGGGCGCGAUCGACCAGGAUGCCCAGCUCGACGGCAUCAUCUCCCAGGUUGCCCCCAAGGAUACGAUCGAGGACGAGCUCGUUGUGAUGCUCCGGGAUGGCUUUGGCAAGAACCCCAGCAAGAUCCUCAACCCACGCUUCUCGCACAGCGGUGCGCACGCCGAUAUCCAGUCGGGCUGCGUGAUGUGCGGUGGAUGCACUCGAGCCGACUUGGAUGUGCAAACUACGGGGCAGGUCGUUGGCUACGCAAAGGCCCAUAUCCUGGAGACCUGCAUCAACUGCGGCGCCGUCAUCCCUCCAUCCAAGACACCGCUCUCUGCCGCCAUCAAGCGCAGUGAGAUCAACCACGUAACCGCAGCGAUGAACCGCAUCCGCCAGCAGUACCCGGACCAGCACAUCUUCAAGGACUGCACCAUAUUCAACCAGUACAACAACAUCGUGCAGUACAACAACCUGCAUAUCGACAUGCUCGAGGGCAAGAGUAUCGAGGACCCGCAGAUCUUCUUGGCGGACCCACUCAUCUUCAGCGAGAACGCCGAGAUUGAGAGCGCCUUCAAGUGCUGCCUGACCGGCAACGUGAUGGCCAUCGCCCGAUUUGCCUACAUCUACUUCAAGGACAUCCUGCACAUCGAGGAGAGCAACACCACGAUGGGCUUUCUUUUCGAGUUUCCAGUGUGGAAGGAGCUCCCGCUCUCAAACAUCCUUGGCCGCCUUCUUCGAGACGAAAACCUGGCAUUCUCCAAGUCACUCAACGCCGCCAAGCGCUUCUACCAGGCCCAAAUCGAUGCGAUCCCCCACGCACGUGUCGCCGUUGCCCAGAUCGGCAAGAUCCACCGCGACGUGAUCACCAAGGACGGCAGUGGGCUUGCCAACUACUAUUCGUCAUUCAAGACCGUCUUCAGCCAAGGCUACAAAGCCUUUGUGGAUUCCCUGGACACAUCGACUGACAGCGUCGUGUUCGGUGAUGGUACUCUCAUCAAUCUCCUGGAUGGCACACGGCGCAUGGCCACGGCAGAGGACAUGUUCACGACGACGCUUGAGGCCCGAUACGACCACGCGGCACUCCACGACACCGCUGCUCGCCAGGAAGUUGGGGCAUAUCUCGAUGCUCUGUUCGACAACGACCACGACGUCGCGAGCUAUCUGCUCAAGUACCUGGCAUUGUGCCUGACCGCCGAACGCAACGGGGAGAUGAUCAUGUUCCUGGUGGGCGACGCCCAAAACGGCAAGACGAUGCUGCUCAAUUUCAUCAAGGCCGUGCUCAAGGGUUUGUUUGUGUCGUUUGAGGGCGACAAGCUGCGCGACAACGGAAGUGGCUCCACCGGCGACGAAGUAACGCACGUCUUCAACAAGCUGAUCAGGGCACGUUGUGCGAUUGCAAGUGAGAUCAAGGGCAACAGCACCCUGAACGACAAGACCCUCAAGCAGCUCGCGAGCAACGACUCGAUCGAGUAUCGCCCGCUCUAUUUGCCGGCCUCGGACUACAUUCCCAAGUUCAAGGCGAUCGUGGCGACCAACACCAUCCCAGAGUUCAGCGCGCAAGCAAAGGCCUCAGCCGACAUCAACGCCCUCUUUCGCCGGAUGAUCAUCGUCAACUUCCCCAUGAAAGUGGUCAAUAUCCCCGAAAGCCAGCCCCUCCGCAAGCGCGAAUUGCGUAACGAUUCGCAGCUGGUAACGAAGAUCAAGACCACGAGCUGGAUUUAUGCGAUGCUCGGGCUCCUCAUCGACUCCUUCCCGGAAGCAGCCAACAAAGCCAAGCCACUCAGCGUCCACGACGACCUCCCAGACGCCAUCCGCAAGAGCACGCAAUUCUGCCUCUGUAACUUUGACAUUGUGGAGUACUUUGUCACCAAGUGCUUCGACGUGGACCCCGCACAGAAGCAAGGGCGGGUGAAGCUCAGCGAUAUCUACACCUGCUAUGGGAACUGGAUUCACGAUUAUUUCGAGGAGGCCUGUGAAAUGACCGGGAGCGACAGCGUUUUGCGUCCCAUCAGGGACAGCGUCGAGAGGCAGCGCAAAUGCGGAAAGCCACUUAGUGCCCAAUGGGGAGGAAAGCGCUGCUACGAUCAGUUCGUGACGUAUUCUCCAUUCUUCAGAGCAUACCUCCCUCCCAACAUGGACCAAAGCAAGGCUACGACCAUCAUCGAGGGACUCACAUUGAAGCCUGGAUGGGCUCACUUGGCGAAAUGCUUCCCCAGUGCCACAAUCUAGACGCCAGCCCUUUGUUUUCUCUCACAGCACACCCAACCCAAUAAAAACACCACCAAACGGGGGUAAUCCCCAACACUCCACAUCCAUGGAGAGAUGAAUUAUCUUGGGGUGUAAAAACGCCUCAAAAUGGAGACAAUCGGGCUGUUCAUGG